UGGGAAAGAUUCAGCCGGACGCCAUUUUGCUCUGAGAAACAGAGGGAAAGCAGCAAAGGUUGCAGCUUCUAAACACCUGUACUCCUUAUCAGGAUCACGGUCCUGACUGUUUGAGAAGAAACCAAUUAUAAGAACAUCAUCCUUAAGUGUUCUCUGAAGUCCAGAUCGGACUCGUUUGGCUUGGAGGGACAGGGAUUGAAACCAGGAUCCAUCAGACACCAUGGCGAGUCCCGGGAAAGAUAACUACAGGAUGAAGAGCUACAAGAACAAAGCAUUAAAUCCUCAGGAGAUGCGCCGGAGGAGAGAGGAGGAAGGAAUCCAGCUCCGCAAACAGAAGAGAGAGGAACAGCUGUUCAAGAGGAGGAACGUGUCAGCCCCUUCAGGAGAUGAGUCCAUGCUGGAGUGUCCCAUCCAGGACCCAGAUGUCAGCUCCACUGUACCUGUCGCAGGUGACGGAGUCAUAACUCCCGACAUGAUCCAGAUGAUCUUCUCUGAAGACCCCGACCAGCAGCUGAUUGCUACUCAGAAGUUUAGGAAGCUCCUCUCCAAAGAGCCCAACCCCCCCAUAGACGAGGUCAUUGCCACCGCUGGGGUCGUCAAUCGUUUUGUGGAGUUCCUGAAGAGGAGUGAGAACUGCACGCUGCAGUUUGAAGCAGCCUGGGCUCUGACUAACAUCGCCUCAGGAACCUUCCUGCACACUAAGGUGGUGAUCGAGACUGGAGCUGUUCCCAUCUUCAUUGAGCUGCUGAACUCUGACUAUGAGGACGUCCAGGAGCAGGCGGUGUGGGCUCUGGGGAACAUAGCAGGAGAUAACGCAGAGUGCAGAGACUACGUGUUGAACUGUGGCAUCCUGCCAUCUCUGCAGCAGCUACUCGCUAAAUCCAACCGGCUCACAACGACUCGUAACGCAGUGUGGGCUCUGUCCAACCUGUGCAGGGGCAAGAAUCCUCCUCCAGACUUUGCAAAGGUGUCUCCGUGUCUCAGCGUUCUGUCAAGGCUGUUGUUCAGCAGUGACCCUGACGUGCUGGCUGACGCCUGCUGGGCUCUGUCCUACCUGUCCGACGGCCCCAACGAGAAGAUCCAGACGGUGAUCGACUCAGGGGUCUGCCGCAGGCUGGUGGAGCUGCUCAUGCACAGUGACUACAAGGUGGUCUCUCCAGCUCUGCGAGCCGUGGGAAACAUUGUGACAGGAGAUGAUAUCCAGACUCAGGUAAUCUUGAACUGCUCAGCUCUUCCGUGUUUACUGCACCUCCUCAGCAGCCCAAAGGAGUCCAUCAAGAAGGAGGCGUGCUGGACCGUGUCCAACAUCACAGCAGGAAACAGAGCUCAGAUCCAGAAUGUGAUCGAUGCAAACAUCUUCCCUGUCCUGAUCGAGAUCCUUCAGAAGGCUGAGUUUCGUACGAGGAAGGAGGCGGCAUGGGCGAUCACGAACGCCACAUCAGGAGGAACUCCAGUACAGAUUAGGUACCUGGUGUCUCUGAACGCCAUCAAACCCAUGUGUGACCUGCUGACUGUUAUGGACUCAAAGAUCGUGCUUGUGUCUCUGAACGGGCUGGAGAACAUCCUGAGGCUGGGAGAACAGGAGGCCAAGCAGAACGGGACCGGCAUCAACCCGUACUGUGCUCUCAUCGAGGAGGCUUACGGUCUGGAUAAGAUUGAGUUCCUGCAGAGCCACGAGAACCAGGAGAUCUACCAGAAGGCCUUCGACCUGAUUGAGCACUACUUCGGUGUGGACGAGGAGGACGCUAGCCUGGCCCCUCAGGUGGACCAGAACCAGGGUCAGUUUGUCUUCCAGCAGCAGGAAGGACCCAUGGAGGGCUUCCAGCUCUAACCCCACCUCCCUUCUGCUGCCCGUCUUCUCCUUCUUCUUAGUUUGUAAUCCUUGGCCAACGGGCCUGUGGACUCUGCCUGGACCCAGACCCGCCUCUGCUGGUUCAGCCCCUCCCUCUCAGACGUCACUUCUCCUCUGCAGAGGCUGACGGAGGGAGAUGUGUGUGUGUGUGUGUGUGUUCGGAGGAGAGCAGUGAGAGCGUGUAUCAGACAAGGACGCAGCGUCUCCUCACCAUGAGAGGAACAGGUUCUCUUCCCGGCACAGAAAGACUCCUGGCUCCUGUCCCGUCCUCAUCAAACCACCAGACUCUUUGAAUCAGCAUCCAAAUCCCGUCUUCAAUGUGAAACUACCUCUGCCACUUCAGACAGAACGCCCCUCAUCUACUGACUGACUGAGGCUGAUCUCGGUCCUGGGAAGGGGAGGGAGGGCGGAGUCUGCUCUGUCUCUCUCUCCUCUCCGGUCCGUGUCUCAGACUCUGAGCGCCAGGACUCUUUAAGUUAUUAGUCCUCUCAGCGUCUGCGGCAUGUGCGGCGUGUGAAGCUGCUCUGCCCUCAGCACUGCCUGAAGGCUCCCUGAGUGCUCAUUGGAUCUCCAUGGUAUUCUUGCUGCUUUCUUUCUUUGGUUCAGAGACUCGGGGUGGCGCUCUCCUCCCAUGAUGCAGUGCGUUGCUGCUUAAUGAGAUUUUCUGUUUCUAGGUUGAUCUAGCGACGUAACACUUGUUAACUUAUUUCCUGCAGAGGUCUGCGUCGGCCGUGGAGGGUUUGUAUAUCAUAUAUACAUGUGAGGAGGUGCAAAAAGGCUGAGCUGAAAUGCAGUGUUAGGAUUCCUCUCCGCUCUUCAUUUGAUGUGUUCAUGUUCUCGGUAUGUCGUCAGGCCUCAGACGACCUUUGAACCCUGGAGUCCAGCCGGACGAGGAGCCGAACAUGAAAUCACAGAUGUGUGUUAACCUGAAACACAGUGAUGGUGUAUAGUUUUCUAAUCUUCAGGUUUGUAUGAUUAUGAUUUUUGUAGUGUUUCUGAUUUCUCCUGUUUGGGUUACUUUGCCGUGUUUUCGUGGCUCUCAGUAGAAACGUGGGGACAUGCAGCAGCCGUGUGCAGAGAGUGUCUGUGUGCAGACACACACUUCUACUGUAACAACAACAACAACAACGACGACUAAUAAACUGAUCUGUUGGAGACAAACUCA